CCGCCAUGAUGGUAUGUCCCUGAACCGUUUCAAGAACGAUAUUUUCCAAUAUCAUCACUCCUUGUGGAGUCAGUAGGCUGCGUAAUCAUCUUAGUAAUCGGCACCUCUAAAAGAAGACGGUUUACAAGAUGGAGAGCGCAGAAGUAGGUAGGUAUAAAGACAUCUUCUAGUCCGAGAAGAAGGGAGAAAUCGAAACAUCUCCCUUCCCAUCAACAACAAUCACCCUCAAGACCUUGACAAGAAACACAACUUCUCUCAACUUUUACAUAUCCCAUCUAUCAAUAUGACUGCUAUUACGAAGGUCGCCAUUGCAGGUGCUAGCGGAAGUCUCGGAGCACCAGUGUUUGAACAAGUCUUGAAUGCGGGUUUCCAAGUUACUGUAAUAACUCGCAAGGGAAGUUCUCAUGCUUGGCCGUCAAAUGUUACCGUUAAGGAGGUUGACUACAGCUCGCUCGACUCUCUAACAGAAGCACUCCAAGGCCAAGAUGCUGUUGUUGCGACUAUCACGACUCCAGCAUUAAAUACACAGAUCCUUCUCAUUGAGGCCGCAGCUAAAGCGGGAGUGAAGCGCUUCAUUCCAUCCGAAUUUGGUUCCGACACUUUCAACGAAAAGGCUUCACAGCUACCUUGCUACAAACCCAAAGUCGAAGUCCAGGAAGCCUUGAAAAAAGCUGCUGCCGAGAGCAGCUUGACUUGGACCGCAGUACUUAACGGUGCUUUCCUAGACUGGUCGAUCCGUGUCGGGUUCUUCGCCGACGUCAAAAACCGUACUAUCGAAUUACCAGACGGUGGUAACAACACCGCUUCGGCCACGACGCUGUCAACGAUUGGCAAAGCCGUAGUGGGCGUACUUAGGAACCCUGAGCAGACCAAAAAUCGUCCAGUAUAUGUGCAAGAGACUACUAUUAGCCUCAAGCAGAUAGGAGAGAUCCUCAAGAAACACACUGGAGCAGACGGGUGGAAGGAGAACGUGACGUCGCUUGACGAGGGACUUCAGAAGGUUUUGGAAGAGAUUAAGACCGCAUUCACACCAAACGUCUUUAUCUUGACUCUUAAGGUAGCAAUUUGGGGUAAGGGAUAUGGAGGCCACUUCCAGAAGCUUGACAAUGAGCUUCUAGGUAUCAAGCAGUUGAGCCCAGCUGAAGUGGAGGCUAUUGUGGUUGAGAACAUCCCCAAGUAGAGGAUAGAGCAAUAUCUUAGCCACCUUGGACCAUGCCAGUCUUGUAGUUUGUAGUUUGAACUGAGGUUUAGCUACCGAAUUUUGAUGAGUUGCUAUUAAAGUUGUCAGAUCGUGAACUGAUAGAAGCCCCUAACCUUAGGCACAUAUGUAAAUUUCACAGACAUUGAAUAAAGGAUGAUCAAGCCACAUUGUCCAAAAUUUACACGUCCCAAGAAUAUAUCGAUUCAGUGAUAUUCCGAUGUAUAGAAUUAUU